AUGGCGAAAAGCAAGAGGAGCAAGGUUAAACGACAUUUUCGUGCAUUAAGAAGGAUCAAAAGAAUUCCUUUUGAGCUAAACAGACUUAAAAAAAUUGAGAGCAUAAAUUUAAGUUCCUUGUCAAUGCCUUCCGUAAACCAAAAAAUAAUUGAUGAGCAAUGUGAGAGCAAAGAUGUAAAUCCUUACUCAUCAGAUCCUCUAAAGUCGUUAGAAAAUCCCCAAAUCAAGGCUAGGCUACAAAACGAGCACGGAAAUUAUCCAAUAUGGAUGAAUAAAAAAGAUAGAAGACGCAUAAUUUCACUCAAAAAAAGGCGACGUAAAAAAAUUAGAUCAAAAAGGAGGUGA